AUGGGGAUCAAAUGUACGUAUUCUUGGUUCUGUUCGACGGUCUCUCCAACCGACGAGCAGGACGAUGUCGCGGGGGAAUCUGACGACGAUGAUGGUUUGAGCGAUUGCUCGUAUGGUCGUAUGGCCCCUUUAUUCUCUGAAACUUCUCCCCCCGCUGAUGUGCCCGCUGACGAAAGUUCUUCUCCUCCCGAUGCUGUCCUCUCUGACUCUAGCGACUCGCCUUUGGUUUCUUCGCCCGAUUCUCCGAUUCUUAACUCCGAUGGCCUCGUAAACUCAGUUCAAUCUGUGCCCGAUCCGCCGCGGCAUCGAAUUCCUGCUCUUCUUUCUGACUCUCUCUCGACCGCUUCCAGACGUUCCUCUUCACCUGUUACUGCAAAACCGACGCCUUCUCUUCCUUCACAACCUGUUCCCGAUCCUCCUUCGUCGCCCGACCCCUUGGAUUCCGACAUGAAUGUCACCGUCGAUUUGAAGAGGAAAUCGGCGGACGCGUCUCCAAAGCGUACAAAGAAAGGGAAGAAGAAACCUGCUAAUAAGUGA